UCAUGGCGAACGAAAGUUGUCCAUGAAUCUUUACACGCUACACCAAUUUUUUCUUCAUUCCCAUUAAACUCUUCAUUUUCUCAAAGUGCAAAUUUCUUUGCUAAUAGGUGAGUAAAAAAAAACAAAUAUAACAUAAUCUCAAAUAGCUAAACGCUUUCAAAGCCACUGGACAGCUCAGUGGGCUUGUUUCGGGACAAGCUAACGCCGGCUUAUCGCCAGUGACGUUAUCUAAGGCCGCCAUUUUGAACAACUUGACUCUGAUUCCUUCUUCGAUUCCACCAGUUUCACUUGGUGCGAUAAACAUCCCACUAUCCCACAGAAGAAAUCUUUGCGGGACAGAAGAAAGCGCUUGAAAUGGAGACAGGUGACGAGCCAACGCCCAGCAAUUUAACACCAAUGAGCACACCAGCCUCAGCGGAUAAAGCAGGAAAAAAAACUAAAAAAAAUACUGAUGAAGAACACGGUUUGAAAUUUGAAUCGAAGCUGAGGGCGUUGUUUUGCAUCCGAGCACUCGGGGCCGGUUACAGAUUUGAAUUGGGCAAAGGAAGGGAAGACCUGGGCGGUAAGUUUGACGAUGUGAUUUUCCGAUAUCAAGUGCCAGACGAAACACCUGAAGGUAAGCAUUGGCUCUAUCGCUACCUGCAGGCCAAACACAAGGAAAACGAGAAUGACAAGAUAAAUGCGGAUCACCUACUAGAUAAGGGCAAGGGCGAUUUCAGCUUACCAAAGUAUUUCCGUUCGUUCUGCAUGAUAAGUCGGAGAGGCGGUGACAUUCAAGACUGCAUCAUUUGCACCAACAUCAACUUUUAUGUGAAAGGUGACAACAAGGACAAACGGACAGGCUUCGUGGCGAACGACCACCAACCUGAUGAAAAUUUAAAAUUAGAUCCGCAAGAAAAGAAAGGAGAACAAACAGCUAGUGAUCGAUUGAAUUGCACAAGGGAGUUACAAGAUAAUGCUAAUGAUUCCGUGUGGAUUAAACAUAAGCAACAAGACGUCAUCAAACUGAUACGUAUAAAAGACGAAAAUGAAAGAAUUUUCGAAUUUGGUCCUCAAGAAAAGACAGCUCGUUAUAAAUUGGAAUUCACAGACGAGUUACAAGAUGAAGCGUUAAAGGAAUGGCCGUCAGACAUAGAUCGUCUUGCCGAAAAGUUGCAAGACUUUGGGAAGAUAAGCGAAGAUAAAAAAAAAAUUGAUAUGAAAAUCGAUGUCUUUAAAAACUUUCAUGUUGCUUUAAUCAAGGAACACGUCAUUGUCAUUGAUCCUACUAACAAAACAAACGGAAAGUUCCAUGAGGACUUUCUCAAGGGAGCUAAACAUCUUGAAGUGCGCGAUGUUUUCUACGUGUCCCCGUUGUCCGAUGGAGCUAAUCAACUAUGUCAAAUCCUCAGCAAAAAGGUGGGAUACGUCGAAUUAGUAAAAUGGAAAUUCCAACUGAGUAACAAUUUUGGAAAGAGCCAAACGAACGGUGAAACAGAAAAUGGCCUACCGUUAAAAAUCGAGGUCGCAGACCUUGAAGCAUUUCUCGAGAAAUUGGUGUUCGUGGUAAACAUGCCAAACGAAGAGCGAUUUGAAGAGAUUUUACAAACUGAAGAUGUGAGCAAGUACUACACUCGCAAAGAAUGCAAACAGCAAACGAACCACUUGUUGAAAGAAAUACCGGUUGCUAUACAGAAGGCAAUGGAAGGGGGCGAUUGGCUAACAUCAGAAAAAGCCAAGGAGAUCUUACUAGAAGGUGCUAGAGAGAUUUCAACAGAGUAUCAGACAAAAUUAAAAACCAUGAUGGGGUUCAACGAAAAUGCUAGUAAUAAAAUGACCGUUAAACUAACACAUUUGCUAGCUAAUGGUAACAGGAUUGAACGAAUUAUUACCCAGUCACCGAAGCAUACGGCUGUUAAAGUCUUUUCGGCCAUUCAGAAUGUACCGGAGUACAACAGGAAUGAAAGCUUUUUGGUGGUGAAACUGAGUAGUUUACAAGACAAGGACCGUUGGAAAAACAUUUUGAAAUUAAAUCAAGAUUCUCACCAUCUUCUCAUCGUCGUUUGCGAUAAAGAAACACCUGAUCCAUGUCAUUAUGCAGAUCUUGUUCCGGAUAAUCAAAAGGUCAACAAAAUAAUGUUCCUCUGUCGUGACGGAACUGGUGGAAUGACAGACAGCAUCACUUUCGCAGAGUUGAGCGAGAAAUUUCAAAAGGCUAUCCUACAGAAAACAAUUACGUUCCAAGGAACGACGUUAACCGUGAAUGAGCUGGUUGGAAACGAGCCAGACAAAGCCAUCGAUUACCUUUCUAUAGAAGAAUUGCUGUUCCAGCAGAAUAAAGAUAUCAACAUUUAUAAAUCGGACACAUCGGCAUACGAAAAAUCUUCGUACAUCGAAAGGCGGUUGAUGACUGCAUUCAACAAAUCUUCCGAAACUAAAUUAGCAAAUCGUUUAAAUUUUACGGUAGAUCAGCUCCAGGACAAAUGCAGAAUCACUGCGCAAGGUGGAAUAAAAUGGCUUGUCAAACACGAAGAGCGUCAAUCCAUAUGGGAAGCAAUUAAACGUCUUACAGAUGAACAAGUGUCCUCAAACGCUAUCGACGAGAGCCAGCUCAUCCGGCUGGAUGAGGGAAGUGAACGACUUCCGGUUGUUAUUAUAUCUGGUGUGGCUGGAACAGGCAAAUCAACUCUCCUCUCCCAUUACUACAUGGGAAUGAAACGAGCAAAACCAGAUCACUGGAUCAUUAAAAUAAAUCUAGUUGAGCACGAAACAGCUCUCUCACCAUCAGCGGCAACUUCUGAAGUCAACGGCGUUGAUUUCCUUGUCAAGCAGUUGCACAUCGUUGCAAAUGACAGCUUGUUUUCUCGAUCACUGUUAAGGCACCGAAUAAAAACGGGAGACAGGAUUGCUUUCAUGUUUGAUGGCUUCGAUGAAAUCAGUCGUGAUUGUCAACAGAACGUAAUCCGUUUGAUGAAAAUGCUCGCCGAGAAGGAAACGAUUGAACUCUACGUGACGACCAGGCCCCACAUGGUAGAAGAAUUACAAUCUGGGUUGUUUCAAUUGGCACAUCACCUGCAAAUUUUGGCUGAAAAAGGCCAAAUUGAUUACUUAAUCAAGCAUUGGCAAGCAAAUUUACAAAACAUUGAAACGGAAAACAAGCCUAUUAUUAUAAAGAAGUUCGCCGAAGCGUUAGCUCACCGAGUAUCGCAGACUCUAACAGAUGAAGAAAAAUCCUUCAUUGGAGUUCCAUUGCAAUGUCGAAUUCUAGCCGAGUGCUACCAGUCGGAUGUUGAAGAACAAAUAAAAAACGACAAUGUAAAUGUAACAUUAAGGUAUCAAAAUUUCGAUUUAAAGAGUCUGUACGACUGUCUUUUGGAAGCAAAACGGCGAAUCUUUCGGAAAGAAAAGACAAAAUCGUUAAGUAUCGGUGACAUCGGGAGCUGCGCUAUGGAUUUCUUGAUCGAUGACAUUGAGUCUCACCUGACUAAAUUGGCCAUAGAGACACUCGUCGUGAAGGAGAAGAACGUGAAUAUUUUAUGGCCCUCUCGACUGUCGUAUUAUCACUCGGCUACUGAAAAGUCUGAAAAGGAAAAAACAACAAAUGAUUUAGGAGUGAAAUACGGAUUAGUUCUAUUUACCAAAGGUGAAGAGAAAUCUAAAGUCCAGUUCAUUCAUCGCACCUACGCCGAAUACUUGUUUGCUCGAUAUUUGCAUAGAGGAAUGGACAUAACCACUGUCGAGGAGAACCAGCUUUUGGAUGGGGAACCUGUACGCAAAUUGAUCAUUAAUGAAAUUUUAGUUGAAAACAAUUAUCAAGGAGUAAGGGUAUUUUUGAAUUCCAUGCUGAACAAGACGGAAGUUGGUCGAAGAACGAAACUACCACAUCAAUUGAAAAAAUUUGCUGAAGAUUUAGCUCAGCACAUCAAAAACCCACAACAAUUUAGUUCAGUUUUUAUCAAUCGGUAUACCAACGCGUUAAUUGCUGCCUCAAAAACUGCGAACUUGUUUCAAUUUUUACUCGAUUGCCUCGAUGGAUCUUUGGGCGAAACUGAAACGAAGCCAAUCAUCAAGGCUGCAUUCGAACAAUUUCUCAGUUAGCAGCUUUCCAAUUUCAAGCCAUGAACAAUGGCCAAAUGUAUAAAAGACUGCUUCCCCAUUAUGGCGACGUAUUGCUUUGACGCGCAGCACGUCGGAUUUUUUUUUUACUGCAACAAUCAUAGGAGGUCUAGACUGCUAGUAACGUCCGAUUGGCGAAACUUGUCGUUGCAGCUUAAAUCAUUGUCGACAAGUCUGUGACUAUUAUAGUUAGUGUUUUAUGUACUUCA